AUGUCUGAGAUUUUGUAUCUGAACGUUGGUGGCGUCAUCUACACGACAACGAGAGCUACUCUUCUUAAUUAUCCGCACUCAAUGCUAGGAUCUAUGUUCAGUGAACGUGUACCGACUCAACUUGAUCAAAAUGGACAUUAUUUUAUCGACAGAGAUGGCGAGAUUUUCAGGUACGUCUUGAAUUUCCUGCGAUCUACGCGACUAAGUUUGCCGGAGAAUUUCAAGGAUUGGGAACUCCUCGCAACUGAAGCUGAUUUCUUCCAGAUUCCGGAAUUGAUUGAGGCAAUUCACCACGCACGUGAUGAACGUCAAAAAGCCGCAAUACCUGUGCAUAAACCACAAACGAUAAUCGAAUUAGAAUGCAAGAAAGAAUCGAUGCGUGUGAUGUACUUUCGUAUUUAUGGAGAACUUUUUAUGCUAGAGGAUAUUCCAACUAUUAAGUUAAUUACUGCGAAACAAGUCGGCUGGUAUCGUGAAGGUCAUUGUUUACAUAUACACGGUGAUGUCGAAGACAGACACAGCCUCAUACAAGACUUAUGUGAUGCUGGAUUUGAUUUGAAAUUUAGCAACGUUUCAUUGGCCAGUAUUAGCGGUGUCGGUGUUACAGGAACCACCACAGCCACUGUAGAGAAAUGGUUAUUUACUAAAACCAGAGAACCGGGUCAUAUUGAAAAACGUGCAAUAAAUUCUCAUUAA